AUGUCUCCGUGCGGGCUCGUUUGCGUCUCGCUGCUGGCGCUUCACUGGUGGCGCUGCGCAGCUGCGCAGUGCAGCUGGACGGGAAGCGGGCUGGCGCGCGGAGACUACAGGACUGUGCUCCAGGUGAGGCUGCGCUGCACGGAGGGCUCAGUGGAGUGGGUCUACCCGGGCCAGGCUCUGAGGGUGGCGCUAGAGCCCAACCUGUCCUACGCGGCCCGCGCUACCGUGUGCAUCCAGCCUUUCCGCACCUUCCGCGGGGUCAGCGUCUACGUGCAGCGCGCAGCGGGGCUGGAGCUGCUGAGGACAGACGGCGGGCGGCCGCAGCAAGUGUUCUGCUUCUGGGCCGAUGGGCCGCAGAGGCCCGUUAUCUACCUGCACGCCAGCCCGCGGGCGGAUAACGGCGGACGCACGGUGGGCUUCAGAUAUGAGCUGCUACCAGACAGGAGCGCUUCCCCCAGCCUCGGCGGAGGUGUGCUGCAGGCUUCCUGCCGGCCCUGCGACGAUGCACAGCUCCUCAUGGCCGUCUGCAACAGUGACUUCGUGAUCCGGGGCAGCAUCGCAACCGUAUCCCAUGACCCGGAGAGACAAACGUCUGUGGUGGAGGUGUCGGGCGCUCGGGUGUACCGGCAGCGCGGCGGCGUGUUUCAGCAAGAGGCGGGUGCUCCGGGGCCGUCCGGGCCCGACCCGCCGCGGCUCGGACGCGUUCACACGCUCCUACGGUGCCGCGUGAAGCCCGGUGGCGGCGACUUCCUGUUCACGGGGCGGGAACACUUCGGGGAAGCUUGGUUAGGGUGUGCCCCGCGAUACGAAGACUUCCUGUUUCUGUACCGGACCGCCCGCGCGGCGCGUCUGAAUCCCUGCGACUUCCCUUUGGACUGA